GAUUAUGUUGUAAAAUUUCAUGUCUAAUGCCAUGCAAUUUCUCUAUUUUGUUAGUUUUAUUCAAGGCAUUAUAAAAGUUUGUAAUAUUUAACAUAAAUGACUAAAGAAUAUGUCUUUUACAAUAGUUUUAGAAUUUAGAAACAUUUUGAGAAUAUGAAUUUGAAGCCGAAACGUAGGAUUUACAAAAUUUCCGUGCAAUAUAGACGUAUGGGAAAUGUUAUGGAAUUAUGAGAAUUUCUUUAGGAAGGAUAAGGGUCGGCCUCUGCCGAAAUUCGGAGAAUGGGACGUGAAUAAUCCGGCAUCUGCUGAAGGAUUUACCGUAAUAUUCAGCAAAGCUAGAGAUGAGAAAAAAUCCAAUGCAGCUGGAGGCGCUGGGGCUACCUCUCAAAGGAACAAUCAUCUCCAUAAACCUGAUGAUAAUAACUAUCAGGAUCCUAAUCCCAAGUGGUUUUGCUGUUUCUAAAAGACGGAUAGCAUUGGAGAAUAUAAAUUAAAAUGAGUGUAAUUUGAGAAUUGUGCUAUGAGAGUAUGAAGCUUUAUUGGUUUCAGAUGAAGAGCAGGAAAUGAAUUAAUAUUGCCGGUUCCAAUCUUAUUAAUUUCCUUCCAUCUCUCCCCAUUCAAUAUUUUUCUAUCUUAAUAUGAUUUGAUUUGUGUUAAUUUCGCCGAAGUAUUUUCUUAUAUAUGUAAUCUAGGAAAACAAGAACAGAACAAUUAAUGAUAAACAUAACUGGUAUUGCAUCUUUUCUAGUAA